AUGUGUAAAAGUAAUUUUAUUUGUGGAAGCUGCAAUGGUGAUCAUCAUACUCUUCUUCAUAGGGAAAAGAUCCCUGCGAAGACAGUAAUAGUAAACAGUGAUGAAGACGACGAAGCAGUGUUGUCAACAGCAGUAGUGGAAGUCAAGGAUGGAAAUGGCCAUUGGAAAAAAUGUCGCGUUUUAUUAGACGGUGGGGCACAAGUCAACAUUAUUUCGAAAGAAUUUAGAAAUAAGUUGAAUAUAAAAGGUUGCCAAAUAAACAAAGAAGUGGAAGGUUUAGAAAGGAAAAAAUCUUCCAUAGAGGAAAAGGUUGGGAUAUCACUUCGAUCAAAAGUGACCCAAUAUAAACCAUUCCUUAAUGCGGUCGUCAUUGACAAAUUUGUGUCAAACGUACCAGGAACGCGAAUGUUGUUGGGAAAUUUUCCAUCUAAUAUUAAAUUAGCGGAUCCCAAAUAUAAUAUUCCACAAGGAGUGGAUUUAUUACUAUCUAAUCAAUUUGUGUUUGAUCUGAUUUGCGAUGGGCAAAUAAUUGAUAAAAAGACAAACACAAAGCUACGUAACACAAAGUUAGGUUGGGUAGCAUAUGGACUGAUGACAGCAAAUGGUUCCAAACCAGAAUCAAGUGUGGUCACAACAAUUCAAACAUCUUGUGAUGAAUUGUUACAAAAGUUUUGGGAAUUGGAAGAGGUUCCAAAAAUGAAUAAUCUCACAGUUGCGGAAAAGCAAUGUGAGCAACAUUUUGAAGAAAAUUUUAAAAGACUUACAGAUGGUAAGUUUGAAGUUAAACUUCCAUUUAAAGAUGAACAGAAUAAAUUGAGUAAUUUUACCAUAAUAGCUAAAAGAAGGUUCAUUGCUCUAGAAAGAAAAUUAGAGAAAAACAAAGAACUUAGAUUGGAAUAUAAUGAAUUUCUUAAAAAAUAUUUGGAAAUGGGUCAUAUGGAAUUGAUAAAUAAUAAUUCGUUUAUGAAUAGUGGGUAUUAUUUACCACAUCAUUGUGUACUUAGGCCAGAGAGUACAACAACUAAGUUAAGAGUUGUAUUUGAUGCGUCUUGUAAGACAACAACUAAUGUAUCGCUAAAUGAUAUCUUACAUACUGGUCCUAGGCUGCAAGAUCUUUUAAUAUUUUAUUAA